CACAAUCGAACGCAAACUCUAUUUUGUACAGCCUCGUCCGUUGGAGGGAUAGUAGAUGAAACUGUUGGAGCGGAUGACGGCCAGAAAUCCAGCUUGUCGGAUGAGUUGAUUCUUCAGCUCGGUGAAAUCGGUAUUCUGAUUGAAAAGUCAUUCUCGGACGCACGAGAUAUAGAGUUUGCCGUUAAAGAUGGCCAGAUCUACCUGCUUCAAGCCCGUCCUAUCACGUCGUUAAACAUCGAGAACGACUUCGAAAUCGGACAUGAACUCGAUACUGGGGUGCUGACUGAUCAAGAUCUAUUUACGACGGGCAACACUGGAGAAAUCAUGCCGCGCAGCGCCACGCCUUUGACUAUGAGCCAGCUCUGGUACAUAGAUCUUGGUUCCCAGUUGUCCGAAACGAAGAUAAGCUCACGGCAGACGAAAUGUGUUGAAUUGGACGUCGGCAUCUUCUCUGGCAAGAUUAUGCUCAACAUGUACAAUGUAAUGCAUAUUAUGUGA